AUGAAAGUGCCGCAAAGUAAUUUAAAAUUUUGGCAUACGGUCGAUUCAGACAAUCGAGAAGACAAUAGCGUCGAAUCAUCUGAUUAUCCAAGAGAUGAAAAUGUUGUUAAUGUUACCUGCGUAGCCGAAGGAGUUUAUCCAGAGCCAAUAAUUCGAAUAUUUAGCGCUUCAAAUAGUAAAAAUCACAUGAGAUUAAAUAUGAGGAAUGGAUUGUAUGACGUAACAGCAUCCAUACAAAUAGAUGAUGAUGAUAUGGAUCCAGAUGAACACGUUUUUGAAUGUGAAUUAUCAAUACCAGAAGCUAACUAUACGGUUAAACAAGCACUUUAUGUUUCUCUUGGAAAAUUAAAAGGUAUCGUCAUGAAAACGUUAAAUAUAAAUAAUUAUGAACAAAUUCGUGAAAAUUUUUCUCGUGAAUUCUAUUUAUCGCGAUAUUGA